CUCUCUCUCUCCAAAACAGAAACAGAAACAGAGUCUAUAUAUAUCAAGCAAACCAAGAACAGAACACCAAAUUUCCUCUCUCUCUCUCUCUCUCUCAUGCUCUGUUUCCACCAGCUACAGAGCAUGGCACCCCUCACCUUCCUCCCCUCCCUACUCCUCUCUCUCCUCCUCUCCCUCUCCCACUUCCCCACCCCUUCGCUCUCCGACACCGGUUCCAUCGGAAUCAACUACGGCCGCGUCGCCGAUAACCUCCCACAACCCUCCAAAGUCGUCCAACUCCUCAAGACCCAAGGCAUGAACCGGGUCAAGCUCUACGACACCGACUCCACCGUCCUCACCGCCCUCUCCGGCUCCGGCAUCCGCGUCACCGUCGCCCUCCCCAACGAACAACUAUCCUCCGCCGCCGCCGCUCAGUCCUACACCGACUCCUGGGUCCAGUCCAACAUCGCGGCGUUCUACCCCUCCACCCAAAUCGAAGCCAUCGCCGUCGGCAACGAGGUCUUCGCCGACCCCAAAAAUACCACUGUGUACCUCGUGCCCGCAAUGCAGAACGUCUACAACUCCCUCGUGAAAUACAACCUCUCGUCGAUCAAGGUGUCAUCCCCCAUCGCCUUGUCCGCCCUCCAGGCCUCCUACCCUUCCUCCGCCGGCUCGUUCAAGUCCGACUUGAUCGAACCGGUGAUAAAGCCCAUGCUGAGUUUCUUGCAAAAAACCGGGUCCCCCUUGAUGGCGAACGUGUACCCGUUUUUCGCAUACACGGGGAACACGGACGUCAUAUCCCCAGACUACGCUCUGUUCAACGCAAACCAGAGCGAAGCCCAGGUCGACUCGGGGAACGGGCUCCGAUACAACAGCCUGUUCGAAGCCCAGAUCGACGCCGUUUUCGCAGCGAUGAACGCGCUGCAGUACAACGGCGUCAAGCUGGAGGUGACGGAGACCGGGUGGCCGUCGAAGGGCGACGAGAACGAGGCCGGCGCCAGCGGGGCCAAUGCGGCGGCGUACAACGGGAACCUGGUGCGUAGAGUGCUUACCGGCGGUGGGACCCCAUUGAGGCCCAACGAGCCUCUCAACGUCUUUCUGUUCGCGUUAUUCAAUGAGAAUCAGAAGCCCGGGCCCACAUCCGAGAGGAAUUACGGGCUGUUUUAUCCAAACGAGGAGAAAGUCUACGAUAUACCGCUCACAGUGGAGGGUUUGAGUAACAGUAGUUCGGAGUCAACGCCGGUGAACGGGAGCAAGACGCAGGUGCCGACGCCGGCGGCCGGAAGCGGCGGUGACGUGUCGGCGGCGACGACGGCGGGGCAGACGUGGUGCGUGGCGAACGGGAAGGCUGAGGUGGAGCAGUUGCAAAAGGGGCUGGAUUAUGCUUGUGGGGAGGGAGGGGCUGACUGCCGUCCGAUCCAGAAGGAUGCCACGUGUUACGAUCCGAACACGGUCGAGGCCCACGCUUCGUAUGCGUUCAAUAGCUAUUACCAGAUGAAGUCACGUGGGCCCGGGACGUGUAACUUUGGUGGGGCCGCUUACGUCGUCACCCAACCACCCAAAUAUGGCACUUGCGAGUUCCCCACAGGAUAUUGAGACGCCGAGAUGGGAUUAUUCGGACAUCCGGUUAUCAGAUGGAAAAAAAAAAAGAUGAUUACUUAGUGCUCUAUGGAUCAUUUUUUUCACAUAAUUAUUUUAGUAUAGAUAGAGAUAUCGUAUGUAGGUGUGGUUGUUCUUGGCUGGUUUGACUAUGUCAUCUGUAUUUAUCAAAUUCCUGUUUUGGGUUUUCUCCUCUAUGGGGUUGAGUAGAAGAGGGUUCAUAUUUCAUAGCUUAGAAUAUUCAGAUUUUAAUAUAUAUUAUAUUAUCCCUUCUCUUUCAA